AUGGACCGCUCCGUCGCCACCCCCUUCUCUCGUGUUCACCCAGAUCCUUUUGCGACACCGCAACGGGCACGUUUUACUAGUCAAUACUUCAUACUCCAUACUGGAUACUACGAAAGGAUUGCCCAGCAAGGCCAGCAGAAGCUCUUCCUGUUUGGGAAGGAGCCCGUGGUAUGGAGACUGGACGGACUGGGUCUUCCUGCGAUUGAGGCUACCCUCCCAUUGACAAAUCAUUCCACGACGAAUGCAGCCCUGAUCUGGCAAGCCACGAGGAUCGCUCCAUUUAGGUUUGCACGCGAAGACCUGACGGGCUUACUCGGUCUGGAGAACUUCAGCGCCAUCGUUGGUCGUUAA